AUGUACAAAGGAUUAGAAGGUGCAGUUUUACAGGGAGAGAUUGAUCCAUCUUCUCAUGGCAAAAGGGUAAUUCUAUCAUCCAGCUUCACCGGGUGUGCACGAUAUAUGAUUCAAAAUUAUCAAGAUGCUAUGGCAAUCUGCAAAUGGGCUGGAUAUCCAGAUUUGUUUAUUACAUUUACUUGCAAUCCAAGGAGGCCUGAAAUUAUCAGAUUCUUAAAGAGUAGAGGCUUACAACUGGAAGACCGUCCUGAAAUUUUGUCAAGGGUAUUCAAAAUCAAAUUAGAUCGCUUGAUAAAGGAUUUUAAAGAGAAACAAAUAUUUGGAAGAGUUAAAUCAGCAGAAAUACUAGACGAAUUGACUGACCCUCAUUAUUACAAGGCCGUAGAAAAAUUCAUGAUACAUGGACCAUGUGGUCUUUCAAGAAAAACAUCUCCAUGCAUGCAAAAUUGUCGAUGUUCAAAAAACUUUCCAAAGAAGUACGUAGAAAACACAACAAUCGAUGAAGAUGGAUAUCCGGUUUAUAAAAGAAGGGAGGAUGGAAGAACUAUUAAAAGAGAAGAUAUUCAUUUGGAUAACAGGUAUGUGGUACCACAUAAUAGAUAUUUGUCAUUAAAGUAUGGUGCACAUAUUAAUGUUGAAUGGUGCAAUCAAGCAAAAUCGAUAAAGUACAUAUUUAAGUACAUAAACAAGCGAAAUGAUUGUGUAACCGCAGCUUUUACACAAAGUGUGCAUGAUAAAGAUUCAGUACAUAUUGAUGAAAUUGACAUGUAUUAUGUCUGUCGUUAUAUUUCUCCCUGUGAAGCUACCUGGAGAAUUUAUGGAUUUCCUAUUCACCAUAGAGAACCAGUUAUUUUCUCUGAUAGUGAUCCAAUUGAUUUUGUUGUCAAUAAAUCAAGUUUAAGAGAAUCACAAUUUUUAAGUUUGUUUGAGGCAAACAAAUCAAAUGAAGAAGCAAGACAAUUGACUUACGCAGAAUUUCCACUGAAAUUUGUAUGGAAUAAAAAAUCAAAAGAGUGGAAAGAAAGAAAUAAUUCUGCUUUUUCUAUUGAUAGAAUAUUUUUUGUACCACCAGGUAGUGGAGAGUUAUACUAUCUCAGAAUGUUGUUGAAUAUCAUUAAAGGUCCUAAGUGUUAUGAAUAUCUGCGCACAGUGAACAAUAUAGUUCAUCUAAUAUUUAGAGAUGCAUGUUACGCAUUGGGUUUAUUAGAUGACGACAAAGAAUAUGUGGAUGUCAUAAAGGAAGCAAGUAACUGGGGAAUGCCAUCGUAUCUAAGACAGUUAUUUUCUAUGCUUUUGUUAUCCAAUUCAAUGUCUCGGCCAGAAUUUGUUUGGGAGGCGACAUCGAUGUUACUAUCCGAAGAUAUCCUACAUGAAGUACAACGAGUGAUGGACAAUCCAGCAAAAAGAUCUAAAGGAGAUAUUAUUUUAACAGUUACGUCUAGCGGAAUUGCAUCACUUUUAUUAUCCGGGGGUCGAACAGUGCAUUCAAGAUUUGCUAUCCCACUCAAUGCAAAUGAAGAUUCAACAUGUAAUAUUAAACAGGGAAGCCCUCUUGCAAGUUUGAUAGUGAAGAUGAAGUUAAUUAUUUGGGAUGAGGCACCAAUGAUGCAUAGAUAUUGUUUUGAAGCUCUUGACAAAACUUUAAGAGAUAUUCUUAGAUUUGAAGAUAUAUCUAAUUUAGAUAGGCCAUUUGGAGGUAAAACAGGUGUACUUGGUGGGGACUUUAGACAAAUUCUACCAGUCAUUACAAAAGAUUGGAUUUUCGCAGUAGGAGAUGGUAUAAUUGGUAAUUCAGUUGAUGGAAUUAGAAAAGUUUCUAUUCCUGAUAAUCUUCUUAUCAGUGAUUGUGAAGAUCCAAUUACUGCCAUUGUGAACAAAAAGAAAAGAGGAAUUCUAGCUCCCACUCUUGACAUGGUAGAAUCAAUCAAUGAGCAUAUGGUAUCGCUCAAUCAAAGUGAAGGUACAACCUUCUUCAGUUCUGAUACAAUAUGUAUUUCAGAAGACACAUGUACAGGUUUGGAACAAUUACAUACUCCUGAAUUCCUAAAUACUAUAAAAUGCUCUGGAAUUCCAAAUCAUGCCAUCACUUUAAAAGUUGGUGUACCCGUGAUGUUAUUGAGAAAUAUAGAUCAAUCUUCAGGGCUUUGUAAUGGAACAAGAUUAAUCAUCACUAGAAUUGGAAAUUGGGUUAUCGAGGCUAAAGUCUUAUCAGAAAAUAUGAUUGGACAAAAGGUUUUUAUACCAAGAAUGUCACUAACUCCGUCGGAUUUGAGAAUAUCCUUUAAGUUUCAGAGAAGACAGUUUUCAAUAGUGGUAUCAUUUGCCAUGACUAUCAAUAAAAGUCAAGGACAAUCUUUAUCUCAUGUUGGGUUAUAUUUGAAGAAAGCAGUUUUCACACAUGGCCAGCUAUAUGUUGCACUAUCACGGGUAACAAGAAGACAAGGAUUAAAGAUUUUGACAUAUGAUGAUGAAGGAGAAGUUUCAAAUGAAGCAACUAAUGUAGUUUUUAAAGAAGUUUAUCCUAAUUUGAGUGUAAAUUAA